AUGAGUGAUCACACCACAAACCAAAACAACGACAGCCACAUUCUCAAUGAUGACGAGAUCGAAAGUAUAAUCAAUCCCAAUCAGACGGCGGCUGGCAAUGGUCACCAAAACUCACAGCCAGUGGUGGAGGACAUUGUAAAUCCCGCAUGGGAUCCUUCGAGUGCUAUGUCACCGGCCCACUUCGAUCCUCAGUCGACAGAGGGCUCGGGACAAGGCAUCUUCUCACCGCUGUCUACUCACGCCUCUUUGCUGCCCAUGGGUCAGGAACAUUCAGGAGAUAUCGUCAGACGGAGCACACCAUCCAGUUUCUAUCCUGGAACUCUCAACACCGAAACAGAGCGCCCGCCCAUUCACGAUUCUCUUCUAUCGGAUUCAAUUCUCAUGCCUUAUAGAAAUAGACUGCUGAAGCCAGUCGCGAAACCACAACCUUCUGUCUCUCCAAAACAAUUACCCAAACGGAAACUAACGAGCGCAAAGACUAGACCUGCUUUUGUCAACAAACUGUGGUCAAUGGUCAACGAUACUGCAAAUGCAGAACUUAUGCACUGGGCGCCCGACGGCAAAUCCUUCAUAAUCACCAACCGCGAGGGCUUCGUGCACAACGUUUUGCCCAGAUACUUCAAGCACUCCAAUUUCGCAUCUUUUGUACGCCAAUUGAACAUGUAUGGCUGGCACAAAGUACAGGAUGUACGAUCUGGAUCGAUCCAGGAGAAUUCCGACGAAAGAUCGCAGUUUGAAAACGAAAACUUUAUCAGAGACUCUGAAGAAUUGCUGGAUAACAUUGUGAGACAGAAAUCAAGUUCCAACAAUUCCAAAGAUCUGCUGGUGGGACAAAACGGCGAAGAAAUGGACAUCGGGAUACUGCUGAAUGAACUGGAAUCCGUCAAAUUCAACCAGAUGGCAAUUGCCGAGGAUAUCAAGCGUAUGUCGAAGGAUAACGAAUUGUUGUGGAAGGAAAACAUGAUGGCUCGUGAAAGACACCAGGCCCAGCAACAGGCUCUCAAUAAGAUUCUGCAUCUGCUGACAUCUCUCAUGGGUUCCAAUGCCCAGAAACUAUUGGGACACGACCUCGCCAACCAGCUGGCGCAGACAAACUCCGGCUUCAACGAUAUACCGACAGGAAAUACCAACUACUGGGAUUUGGGUAGCAUGAAUAGUGCGAUGACCCGGCCAAGACUGCUGUUAAAGGACAGUCAGGCGCAUAAUCUAUCAAAAAACCACAUGAACACGCAAGACAGCGUUCCGCACGAUCUCGGACGUGCACCUUCUCCCAUACAAGAAAUAGGUCGCCAGUAUAUUGACGACCCUCCAAGUGCAGCUACAGGUAUGUCUACAAGUGACGCGGGCCACAGUGAGAACCGUAACUCACGAACCAGCCAGUCUGAGCCGCCAGCCUUUGACUCAGCAUCGUCUGUGGGACCCAAUUUUUUCGACGACCUCGAGUCGAACAUUAAAAGACAAGGCGAAUCGAUUCAAGAGCUUGAGGAUUGGAUUACCAAGAUGUCUCCGUCGCAUUCCAAUGGGCUCGAUAGCGCUCCGGCCUCUGUGCCCGGUAUUACACCUGACGAUCAAGCUACAAGCUCCAACGCCAACGGACAGCAACCUGCAGCUCCCACUUUCGAUCUUCAAGAUUAUCUUUCAACUACAGAUCCGAGUAAUAUGAGUCCACUUAUACAGGAAUCGCCGCCGAAACAGCCGGGAAAACGCAGCCUUGCAUCUCAUGAGGGAGUAGAACAAGAAGAUAACGAAAAAGGGCCACAACAAGGCGACCCACGUACGUUGGCAAAAAAGCAAAAGACAAGCAGAGAGCGGAAAACGAACACAUAG